GGGGAGUUGAGUGUGUGCACAAAAGUGCUCAUCUGUGAUGGCUCUGCUACUGCUCUCUUGGAGCUUACUGAUGAGCCCUCGGUAUUUACCUCGCCGGCCGGUUCUUCAAUGCAUCCACCAAGCUUAUUUCCACCGAUCUGUGCCCAAUCCUUUCCUUUUACUUGCGAACUCACAACUGAGCUAAUAGGAGAUGCGAUGAAGAACACAAAAAUGGCCUCGUCUAAAAUCCAUCAGGAUAACUUGAUGUCACACGGUAUCCAACAUUCAAACACCAUUGCUGAUACAAGUCGACAUCUUUCACGCACACGUCGUCUCUUACGACUGGAAGAAGCGACUUGUGGAGCUGCUUGGGCGCGUUUGGAGCUUCUGAUUCGCUCUCGCCUGGCCACCCUCCCUGUUGGUAAACAGCGCUGCUUCUGGCUACCUGACCAGACUAAACGUGACCCUAAUAGCAAGUGGACAAAUUACUGCCAAGUACUUUUCAAUUUUUUAUCUUUUUUAACCAUAUUCACGUAA